CCGGACGCGGCUGUCGGCGAGGACGCACGGGUGGUUGAAAGUCUGCUUUUCUACAGUGUCUCGAGUACGCGCACUGCUAAACCGCUGACAUGCCGGUGAAUAUCGCUUCCGUUCUGGUCGCGGACGCUGUCCACGAAAGCUGCGACCAAAUCUUGCGCGAGUACGGCAUCUCCGUGACGCGAAGGCUACGCAUGACACCUGAGGAGCUGUUGGAGGAAGUCAAGAGGCACGACGCGCUGGUGGUGCGCUCCGAGUCGAAGGUGACGGCGGAGGUGGUGGCUGCGGGCGCGGCCGCGUCGCUGCGCGCCGUCGCCAGGGCCGGCACUGGCGUCGACAACAUCGACGUCGACGCCGCCACCCGCCGCGGCGUCAUCGUCCUCAACACUCCUGGCGGCAACUCCGUGAGCGCCUGCGAACUCACCUGCUCUCUCAUCACCGUGCUCGCCAGGAACGUGCCGGCGGCGUGCCAGUCGCUGAAGGAGGGCCGCUGGGAGCGCAGCAAGCUGGCCGGCUCGGAGCUGAGCGGCAAGACGCUCGCCGUGCUGGGGCUGGGCCGCAUCGGCAGGGAGGUGGCGGCGCGCAUGCGCGCCUUCGGCAUGACGACAAUUGGCUUUGACCCUCUGGUGAGCGCUGAGGCGGCCCAGCAGUUCGGCGUGGAGAAGCUGGAGCUGGAAGAGAUCUGGCCGCGCGCUGACUACAUCACCGUGCACACACCGCUCAUCCCACAGACCAGAAAUCUGAUUAAUGAUGAAGUGCUCAGCAAAUGCAAACGUGGUGUCCGCAUCGUCAAUGUCGCAAGAGGAGGGAUCAUCCAUGAGAAGGCACUGCUGGUGGCUCUAAAUGACGGCCGCUGCGGUGGCGCUGCACUGGACGUGCUGACGGAGGAGCCGCCACGCUCCGAUUGGCUGCUGGAGCUGGUGCGUCACCCGCAGGUGGUGGCCACGCCCCACCUGGGCGCCAGCACCGCCGAGGCGCAGCGGCGGGUCGCCAGGGAGGCGGCCGAGCAGCUGGUGGCACUCUCCGCCACCGUGCCCGCCGCGCAGAGGGCCAGGUUCCAGCUGACAGGUGUUGUGAACGCACCCGCACUGUCUGCAUCACUGGACGAGGGGAAUCAGCCCUGGCUCCAGCUGGCAAAGGAGCUGGGCUCACUGGCCGCCCGUCUGGUCCAGGGUUCGCUGCCCGGGACGGCCAUCAACGUCACAGCCUCUGGCCCUGGUAGUGAGCGGCUGACCUUCGUUGCCACGGCAGCCGUUACUGGUUUGCUGUCUGGGCGCACACCGAAUGGGUUGAACCUGGUCAACGCCCCAGCACUGGCGCGCGACAUGGGUGUCACAGUGACAUCCGAGAAGGCCUCUGCUGGCAGCCAGGGAGACGACACCACAGUCACUGUCAAAAUCCAGCAGGCCAGCGGCGAGGUGCAUGCCGUCACUGGUACGGUCCGUGCUGACAACCGGCCCCUCUUGCUCUCUGUCGACGGCUGCGUCUUCGACGGUGGCAUUGCCCUCGGUGGGGGCGCACCUCUGCGCCUGUUCCGUGCCGCCUCUGCCGCCUCAGCACUUGGAGCUGUGUUGGGGGCACUGGCCUCUGCCUCCGCUUCCAUUACCGGUGUCUCUGUAGCUGCCCCUGUCAUGGAGCCGGCCAAAGGCCAACCCACUGACUCUCAUGCCUGGAUCGCUGUGCGCACCACGCAGCGUGUCGAGACCCGUGUUAACAUCCCGGGUGUCGUCGACGUCUGAAGAUUCACUUGUGCUGUUUUGCCCAAUUUGUGAAGCUACUGUGCCCAGUACAGCUCAAAUUGUGUCUUCAGCAUUCAUCUCACUUCUUGAAGUGUGUUUUGUAACAAUUAUGUGACACUACUGCCUGGUGCUCUGAAACUGUAGUAACUGGUAAGGAAUGAAAUUUUGAAAUGAACUGCCAUCGGUCAGCUCUUAGCUGAUUAUCCAUUGUUGCCCAGUUACUUUUUUUUUAAGUCACCUUGUUCCUACUCCCUACCACACCAGUGGGGCAGAAAUGUCAUCAGGACUGACACUUAUUAGUCAAUGACACCAGUAUCCUUUGCAGGUGGCCUUAAUACCUCUCAUUUGCUAGGUGGGUGUAUCUCCAGAUAGGAUGUGAUGUGUUGAAAUUACUCCGCACACCCAAACAGUCCACAUUACACAUCAUCCCCUUACCCCCCUCAGCUCUCACCAUGACACCUAUUCGUCAAAUGUCAUCAAGACUGUCAACAAUUGUCGUAAUAACAGAAUGCUGUGGAUUAUGUACUAUUAUAGCUCACUUUCUAUUAUUUUUGUGUGUAACUCCUGUCCCAGCCCAUCCUAAUUUUAAGUGCGAUGGAGGUGUUUUACCCCAGCAGGGUAUUUUUCCCACAUAAUAAACCAUAUUUCUACCACAUUUAGUUGAAGUUGCUGGUGAUGUUCCAGCUUUGUGCCACCACAUAUGCUAGGAGUAUAUUACUACCAUGACAGUUCUCGCCUUAGUCGUAUGUCUCUCACAUAUUGUAAUAUCUCCAGGCAUUCCAGAAGCAUGCUGAGCACCCACUUUAAAUUUAUAAUUUCGUUUUGAAGUAUUCAUUGAGACUAGGCACCAAUGUUUACCUCUCCUUGUAAUAAAACAAUGAGCAAGAUCCGUAAAAACUUGUUACCCUCUGUUUUUCACCAGAUUUGAUAGUAUAACAUGCAUCUAGCUGAUUGGACAAAACUUUUCAUUCUUACCCAAUAAAGCCUUAAUGUUUCAGGCAACUAUUUAAAAGAAAAAGUGAACAAUACAUUAAUUUAUUUUACUGAUUACAGAUUGCAUCAAUAAUGCUUGGUAAAAAAAAAAAAAAGAUCAUAUAAAUACUAGUGCAUUCCAACUAAUUU